CCUUGAGACGCAUUCCACCAAAAUGAUAAAAUAACCAAAACGAUUUGUUGUUGUGAACGGUAGCAGAAUACAGUUCCCCUUUGAUUCUUUUAGGAGUGCCGCACCUCGUUCAAAAUCGGUUAUGGCCCCGCCCUUAAUUACCAAACGCUCACAAUGACGUUUCCGCGCCGUUUACCGAAACCGAGACAAAGAGAGCGGAGGUAAACAUGAUAAGCGCCGCUCCUUCCGCAGAGUACAUAUUGAUAACGAUGUGGGGACUCCGGCCAUUUCACUGCUCCCUGGCACCCACUCCACCUCUCUGUGAUCUAAGAUGGCCGCCUCAAUGAUCCAGUUGAUCGGGUUCAUGUUGUCGGCCCUCGGCCUGUUCCUGAUCUCGGCCGCGACCGUCAUGGACAUGUGGAGUCUGCAGGACCGCUCCGGGACCGUCAUCACAAACUUCUUCACCUACUCGGGCCUCUGGGCCUCGUGCGUGGGAACGUCGUACGGCACCACUCAGUGCCGCCCCUACUUCACCAUACUGGGACUGCCUGCGCUGCUGCAGGCUGUGCGAGCGUUGAUGAUCGUGGGCAUUAUCCUGGGCGCCAUCGGCUGCCUGGUCGCCAUCUUCGCCCUGAAGUGUCUGAAGAUGGGCAACAUGGAGGACAACAUCAAGGCCACCAUGACGCUGGCUGCCGGGAUCCUCAACCUGCUGGCCGGUGUGUGUGGGAUCGCGGGCGUGUCGGCCUUCGCUAACCUCAUCGUGCAGAGCUUCCGGUUCAACAACUACGCCGAGGGGGGCUUCAGCCUCGGAGGAGGGGGGGGCAUGGGGGGGGUGAGCGGGCUGGGCGGCGGCCUCCGGCCACAGUACACGUUUGGCCCCGCCCUCUUUGUGGGCUGGAUAGGGUCGGCCAUCUUGGUUAUUGGCGGCGUCCUGAUGUGUCUGGCCUGCCGUGGAAUGGUCUCCGAGGACAAACGGUACGACGGGACCGCCUACAAAGCAGCGUCUACCCAGCGGACCGGGUACCGCCCUGAGGUGAGGAACCAACCCAUCUACAACGCCUCCUACAAGACCCACAGCGUGGAGGGCAAGCAGAACCAGAGGUUCGACUACGUCUAGCGGGCAGAGCCCCGACAGAGCGCAGAAAGGAGCCCCCUCACCCUCCACCAGCGGGAUUCGAGUUGCGAUCGGGACCCAACAUGGGUCACAACCCAAUUGGAGUUGGGUCAGCCUUCCAACGCACAGAACCCUCAGAAAACUCUCAGCACCGAUUAGUUUAAAAUGAGCGAAUCACCAAUGCUUGUGUGCUCAGAGUUUUCUCGUGGUUUUGGUCCCACUGAAUUGGUGUUUCGGUUUAAUAACCCCCGCUGCAAACUCCUAACCCAAACUCCAUGCUCUCUGCGGUCUGUCAAGGUCCACAAUGAUCUGCUUGUGAAAGACCAAACAUCCAUCCUCACCGUAUCCCUGGCAACCAAUGAAUGCCCUCUAUCUUGUGCUUUUGUCGCGGAAAUCUUGGUUGUUGUGGCCACAUUAUUAACAAAACAAAUCGUUUUGGUGAAGUGAUGUUUCGGGGGCCGUUUUAAAAGUGUGAUGAGGGGUACUUAAUGUUUUUGUUUUAAAUAUUCCUCCAUCUACAUAAAAGUGUAUUCCCCAUUUUCUGAUAUAUAAAACCUUUCUUUUAUA